CACAUUUUUUCGAUUGUCGGAGUCGGACCCGUAGAGCCGUAGCGUAUAUACACACUACACGGUGUGUGUAGAAUAACAAUUUAUAUUUUGUGCACUAAAAACACUGGUUCGGAAAAUAAGUUUUUACAAAAUAAAAAAAAAAUUGUUAAAACUAUCAACCAUCUCUUUCAUUGUAAAUUUUUACUCCUUUUUUAUGCACACUCUCGUUGACUCCUACCUCUUCGAAAUAGGCAGUCGAGAGUAGACAGCCGAACUGUGAUCACGGUGAUCGGAACUGUGUGUAUUUUUUCAAAAAAAAAUAAUUUGGGAUUAGUUAAAUGUUGGCUAAUAAAAAGUGUAUUGCGCAAAAGGUGUUUAUUCUCAAAUAAGAUAAAAAAAAAUUAAAUUUUCAUUUCGUUUGUUGCUGCUCUGUAAUUAAUCGGAUGUUGAGGAACUUCAACGGAAAUUCGUUCGAUAUAACUUUUGUUGUUGAGUGUUUUUUACAUUUAUAUAUAUCGUGUGGACUUUUGAAGAACAUAUACCGCGCGCGAGACAAAUCGAGAUGACACUCGAGAUUUAUCGGAAAGAAGGAAGAGAAGUGUGGAACGAUACACUGCAAUAAUAAAUAAGAAUUCAGUUGCGUUGAUCAAUCGACUUGGAUUAACCGAUUCUCUGUUAUUGAUUCAACAUUUUUCGCAUUUUUGAUCGUGAAUGGACUCUGAAAAAUCAAAAAUUUUCUUUAUACUCUCGGACCAGUGGAACUAAUUUUAUUUCGAGUAUGUCAACAUAUUAAAACUAAAAAUUAAAAAUUGCCGAAAACAAUUUAAAAAAAAAACUCGAGAGAGAAAAAAAAACAUUUUCUUUUUAACAUUACAUCACCGUCGAGUAUAUUACAAAAAUUUACUUUAAAAAAUUUCCCUUUCAAACUGUUUAUGAACAACAAAAAAAAAACUUUUACUUUCAAUUUUAAACUUGAUGUUGUAAUCUUGCGCGCGCAUAGCCCGUAAUAUUAUUACGACACAAAUCGGAGGUUUUUUUGUUUAACGUAAAUUGUGUUUUCAAAAUGAAAAAGUAAAGUGUGUGCCAGUGAAUAAAUGGAAAAUGAUGAACUUUUAAUAACUUUUUGCAGCAAAUAAGCAUUUUCACAGAAACAUACAAAAAAUCAUAAUUUUUAACAAUAAAAACAACGACAACCGAAACAACCAUUUGGAUUACAUUGCGUGUGUGUUAAAGAAAAAAAAAUUAAAUUAAAAAAAAGAAAAAUGAAAGUGAAAUGAAGUUAUGAGUUCAUCAUCGAAAAAUGGAUAAAACACUUAAUUGGACUGUAUCGUUUAAGUAUAAUUAGGUCAAAAUGGAUGUGAUGAAUGGAAAGAAAGUAUAUUUAGCACUUCCAGAUGGUAGAACUGAUCAAUAGAGUCAACCAUUAAAAUCAUCAGCUUUAUUACAUUGAAAACCAUCGGAGUGCAAUUAAUUGCGAGAGAAGAAAGAAACUAUUUUUUGUUCGUUUUUGACAUUGUUAACAACAUUAAAAAAAUCUUUAAUCCCGCAUUGAAUGUUCGUUAAAGAGCGGAAAAAGUGUGAUGGAAAAAGUUGUACAUAAAAAGUGUUUUAUUAUCGAAAAUGGAUCUUUUCUUUCAGUCUCAGACGAUUUAUCUUUAUCCAAAAGGAUUAUUUUGAUUGAAUAGUGAAUUUCGGCUGUUUUAUCAUUCAAUAUUUUUUUUUAUUCCUCCGUAUAAAAUUAGAAGAAGAAGAAAUUUAAUAAAAAAAAACUUCACGAUGUAGUGUGACUGUGAUGGUAUAUUGUGUUAACAAAUAAGAAUAACCGAAAAAUAACAGAAAAAAGAAGAAUUGAAGAAGAAGAAAAAAAGUUAAGGAAUAUAUGUGAAACUGGAUUAUAUACAUGCACAUUCACCAUUGACAGACAGAAAGGAUGCUGAUGCUGCAUUAUAGCAAACACGGUGAGUGUAUACUCCAGGAAAUUGGCGCAGCAUUUCGCGGUGAACAUCCAUCUGAUCUGUUGCUUGUGUGUGAGGGUAAAGAGACACUCAAAGCACAUAAACUAGUAUUGGCAGCAGCAAGUCCUUUGAUCAGAAUGCUUCUUGAAGAAGUACCAGUGGUCGAAGGCAUAACUACUGUACAUUUUCCAGACGUCGAAGCAACUUAUUUCCGUUCGCUCUUGGAUUUUUUAUAUUCAGGACAAACAUGUGUACCCGCCACAGACGUUGAACAUUUGCACGAUCUCUUAGAUUUACUACAAAUAAAGCCGGGCGUAUGGCGUACGGGGAAUAAAGAUGGCCAAAAUUCGCCGGGAGAAACGAUCGAAGUUUUGUCCCGGAUAUAUUCCAAUGAUCAGAAAAAUGAACCGUUGACCGACAUAAACAGCAACGAGGGCGAAGUGACCCGGCGACGUCGAUCGAAAAGUAGAGAUUGUUCACCGUCACCGACGCGGACGCAAGUGAAGCGUGAACGGUUAAACGAAAGUUCGUGCGAAGACGAACAGGAAUUGGACGAUGACAUUGAAGAGGAGAAUUUGGACAAGAAUCACUACAAUUCCAACAAUGUGCAUCUGGAUGACGAGGAUGAUAUGCGACACGAAGAUGAUACCAAUGAUGGGGAAACCGAUGAAAUUAAUCGAGACAUGGUCGGUGAGAGACGGCGCAGUUCGUCUGAUCCAGUUAAUUUAUCACUUGGACUUCGUGAUAGAGAAGAAGAUUCCAACGAUGGACACAUUGACGUUGAGACAAUAGGAAAUGCUCCUAGCAAGAGUUUAAUACCAGCCCGCUUAUUAGAUCCAUUCCGAACGAAACGAAAGAUUCUUUACCAUCCACCAGACCCAGAAAUAUUGAAGCCACCUGAUCAUGAUCUUAUCCAAAAUUCGCCCGACAAUUAUGUUGUGACGCCUCAUCGAAAACGACGUCCAGGCUUUCACAAUUCACCCGCCAAUCCACCGUUUUUAUCGUACAAUCCCAGCUACUUAGACGACCUACGAUCUCGAAAAGGCCUUCCAACAUCAUACUAUCCAGGUGAUCGACCACCGUUAUCACCCACAUCACAUCCAUCAGAUUUACUCCUGCACAAUAAUCACCACAACAAUAACAGUCGGCAGCGACCACCUAGUGCCGAAAGACCCAUACAAAUGCCAUCAUCAUUCGUAUACCCAUGGCCACCACAUUCCGCAGCAUUAGCUGCACUACCCAGCGGUCCAGUACUCGGCGUCCCGGGUGGUACAAAUUCACUCGUAAAAUCGGAAGACCAUCAGCAAAACCAACAGAAUCGCAGCGGCAAUUCGUCGAGUGGACCGGCACCGGUUCGUGAAUACCGUUGCGAAUAUUGUGGGAAACAGUUCGGCAUGUCUUGGAAUUUGAAAACCCAUUUACGUGUUCAUACCGGCGAGAAACCGUUUGCGUGUCGGUUGUGCGUGGCAAUGUUUAAGCAAAAAGCGCAUUUGUUAAAGCAUCUGUGUUCGGUGCAUCGAAAUGUGAUAAGUACGCCAGAGGCGGGUGGACGGUUCAGUUGUUGUUUCUGUUCGAUGUGGUUCGAAACGUUGCAGGAACUAGUAAGACAUUUGUCGGGACACCAUAAUAAUUUGUUGUUAAGUAAAAAUUUGCGUGAUUAACAGUGGAUUUAUAGUGCUGCAUUCGAGAUGGCACGGUUAACAUUGAAAAAAAUCUUUUUUUUUUCGUACCGAAAAUUCGUUCACAUUUCCAUUACAAUUUUCGUUAUUUUCAAUAUCACUGUCGUAGACCGAAUUUUGGUGUUUUUAUUUUGUUUGUUUACUUUGGAAAGCCGUUUGUGGUUAAUGAUGCACGUUCGAAGUCUCACAAUUUAUUUCUCGAAAUUCGUGUGAAAAGUUUGUCCUCCGUCGUUGGAAAUGUAAAAACGAAAAGGCAAACGGGUUUCAUCUCCAGGUAAAUUUAGGUGAAACUCGCACAUUCGAAUUGCACCAUUGCGUUUUGCAAUUUGGCAUCAUUCCAGAAAAGGUAUUUUCAAACGUAUAUAUACCAUUUGCGUAUGAUUAAUUUAGACGAAGAAGAGCAACAAAAAAAAGUAAUUAAAAGAAAACGUUACCUGAUUAAAGUGUAGUUGGAGUGUCUAACCAAUUUCUUUUGUAAAUAAUCUAAACAUAAUCUUAAUUCAUUGCACAUUCAUCAAUUUCCGAUAAAAUAGAAAGAAAGAAAAAAAAUGUUGUAAUUCGGCGAAGGUGUUGCAACGGUUCGAAUAAAUCGAAGAAAAACGUCUUAGGCAAAA